CCAAGAGAAAACUUUUACUCUAGGUUUCACUUUUCUCUCUCCUCUGUUUUCCACCUUUUGUUUUUCUCCCAUUAACUCCACUUAUAUUUACUCUCAUUUACUCUAUUUUAACCGGUCACACUCAUAUAUGUUUGGUAGUGAUAAUUAAUAGUAGUUGUUAGUGAGUGAUAGUAAAUGACUAUAUACACAGUUGGACAAAAAGACUAUAAACAUAAAUGCAUUGUAUUCGUUUUUAAUGCAUCUACUGGUUUUGUUCUCUAACAAGAAAACUGAAAUACAUUUUGAACAAAUUAAAAAAAAUGUGGUUUAUGCAAAAUCAAAAAUGGUAAGAACGGAAAAACAGCAAAAGCAGCAGUAUUUAUUUUUUAAAUGCCACAAAGCUAUAAACCCAUCUUAUUCAAAAUUUUGAAAUCAUGAUCACGAAAUAGUCUCUAGUCACUUAAUUUCACAGCCUUGCUCUCCAAUCGCAUACCAUGCAUGAGCUAACAAAUUGCUAAAUAAUAGUAAUUAAUAUAUCUCACUGUUCCUUUUGUAUUUGUGGAUUUGACUGUUAGUUAGAACCUCUUUCACUGCUCUUGUCUGUUAGAACAUAAACAUGCCUCUUUCACUGCUCUUGUCUUAGCUGCUAAGAAGCUGGCAUCUUCUGCUACCAAUUCCACCGCCAGAGAACGGAGACGCCAAGCCGCCGCCGGCGUCUCGCCUUCGUCUAAAUCCGGCUCUUUCGGUGCGGAAGUCUCUCACUUUCGGGACGAUACAAAAACCCUUUUCGAUUUUAUAUCAAAAUCCGAUGCAAAGUAUUGAACUUUGUGUAAUUUUGAUUCGUUGAUCACUUAUUUCAUCUUACUUUUAGCUUCUCAACUCCUUUCUCGGGAUUAUCUGCGGACUGAUGAUAUUUCCAGUUUUGGUAUAUUACUCUCUUUUUUUUUUGGUAAAAGGGAAAAGUGGGCAGAGUUUUGUUAAUAUAACUCCUGGUGAGGGUCAGUACGAAAUCCUCUCGCUGAUUGGAUCCUAUAUUCGGGGCGAGCAUGGUGGUAAAACUGGUGGCCUGAGCGUUUGUUUAUCUAGUUCAGAUGGGUUCGGUGGAGGUGUUGGAGGACCCCUAAAGGCUGCUGGUCCAGUUCAGGAAUGAGAAGAAAUGGGUAAUCAGAAAAUGGAGAUCAUGAGUAAAUGGCAGAUUAGUACUGAUUCAAGUUUCUGAAGAAGUGUGUAGAUAUUAAUGAAAGUUUGAGCAUGAAUCAAGGUGAGAGUGGACUUAUCAUAUCAUAUAAUGGCCUUAAGGGUUUUUCUCAUUGCAAAGGCAGAGAAAAGAGAGAGGCCAGAGAAGAAAACAGUGAUGCUUUUUGUUCUUGGUUCAGUGUUAAUAUUAUAGUAACUUCACAUCCUUUUCUGGAUUCUAUUUCCUUUCAAUCUUUUUGGUUCUUCCCCUGUAAUCAGUUUUUUUUUACCAAAAGGAAUUUGCUCAUUUUUUUAAAAUACUGUAUAGACAAUUUGUUUUGAUAAAUGGCUUUUUAAGUUUAUAACU